UCCGUUAAACACACUUCCGUCGAUUCUAUUCCUCACGUCCGUCUGACAUUUUAUUUCCCGUUUUUUAAAAAAAUUAUUCCAUGAGAAAUCAUUCCAUUGUAUGCCCAUCCUCAACCUACUGUUAUCUCUUGGUAAAAAAAAAACCUACUGCUAUCUUGUCAGCCCCACUAUUGGAGCUCCCCUUCUUGUUCUCCUUCCGUCCGACCUCUGGCGCGUUGUUCCAGUUGAUCACCACACUCAUCAUGCUCAGAACAUCCCUACUUAUGGAUUAUUGUAUACUGAAGGCCAGGUCACAAUCAUUUUAUCUCCUUUGUCCAUUCAGUUCUUGGUAGGUGCCAUUGAUUUUGUUUUGAAUGUUCUGAAAAUCGCCAUUAAUGUCUGCAGACCUGAAUUGCUUUGCUCUUCCUAUUGUGUUUUUAUUCCGGAUUUAGCUUUUGCUAUUGUGUUUUCACUUGUUCAGGGACUUUAGGUAGGGAUUUCUAUCAUUUGGGGAUGGAAUUGGGUAGCUGGUUUGUUUGGAGGUUUAUUAUCUAUGAUAAAUUUACUUUUUUUGUUGCUUUGGGUUUUUAAUAGAAGUUCAGAAUCCAUGUAUGUCUGUUGAAUACUAAUAAUUGUCCACAACUGUUUUCCUUUUGUUGCUUUCCGUUUGAGCCAGGCCUAGAGUUUAAGAAUAAAAAGUGCUACUGCUAUUUUUCUAUUUGUUUGCUUGAAAAAUGCACAUCUAGGACAAAAUAGCUAAAAAAAGUAAACAAUCCAUAGAGCCAUAGAGGGACUCGAUGCAUUCACAUAUGGGAGCAUUCAUGUUUAUAAUUCCAUAAAAUUAGCCCGGGCUUUGUGAUAACACUAUACUUUGUGUAUUUAACAGUCUAUUUGGCAUUCAUCCAAAAAUGGAUUAACUAUAAUCCAUAAAACCAAACUAGAUUUAAAGGUAGAUUUUUAACUGCGAUAAAGAUUGAAGAGUACAAUAAUAGCCUAUUUGAGUUGUGUCUUCUUAAGCAAUCCUUACAUUUUAAGUGGAUAGCAGAGGUUCCCUCGUAUACAUAGUUUAAUAGUAGAUGGAAAACCCAUAUUGGGAUGGUCUUUUGUCAAAGAACUGCUAUAUUUAAUUGAAAUUGUUUGACAGUGUACUCAUUUGGAAUUGCUUGACAGUGUACUCAUUUGGAAUAGUGUCUUUUGAAAGAUGCUACUCCGGAUUAUAUAGCUGCUUUCUUCAGUUCCUUUAUGAAGAAAAUGUGUUAUGGACUUUUGGCUAUAGUAUAGCUUUAGGGGCCAUUGAUGAGUAGCAAGUUAGCAACAGUUUUAGUGGGAGUCAUGUAUUUGAGAUUCUAAUCUGACGUAGGAGUCUGCCUGCUCAGUUUUGUGAUUAAUUGCUUAUGAUUCAUUAGCUUAAGUGGUAAAAACUUUUUUUAUUUAGUGCAAUAAAUAAUUAAAAUAGUUAUUGUGCAUGUAAAUAGGUAAAAAAUAAUAAUUUCAUUAUAAAGUUAAUACAAACUAUGUGAAAGUCUAGAAAUUAAUUUAUACUACAUAAAUAUAUUCCAGUUACAAAAAACAGUUUUUUUCUUCAAAAAAGUCCAGUCUAAAAACGAUUUUUACUAAUAAAGUUUUUAAUUACAGUCUGGGAUACUGAUCAUAUUUUAUAGUUUAUAAAUUUAUAUUGUGGGGAUUUAUUCCAGAAAAAAUCUGGGUCACAUGAUAAAUUGAUGCACUUAGGUUCUCCCAUUGGUUCUAAUAUUUUUUGUGAUGCCUCAUUUUAGUGAACGGAUAGACUUUUUGAAGAUUUAAGUGAUUAAUACACAUGUGUUCCAUAUUUAGUAGGGAAAUAUUUUUCUUUUUCUUACAUAGUUGAAGACUCUUGACUUUGUGCUUAAUUUUAAAAAUGCUUUUAAAAUUAUAAGGAUUUUGGAUUAUGAGGUGUUAGCUACUUAGCUUCUAUGGUUCAUUCGGAAACAGUCUCCCUUAUGCUUUAGUAUAGGAGUAAGACUGCGUAGUGCGUACAUCCGACUCCCCUUUCCCCAUCGAAGGUGUGGGAGCCUUUAAGGUAAUGAUGGUGAUGAUGAUGAGCUUCUUAGUUAAAAUGAACAUGAAUAAAUUAUUUUGUCUCUUCAAGCAACCCCACCCCAAAUUAUCAUAAAUUAUCAUAAAUUAUCAUUGCAUUAUGGUUUGCUCAUCCAAAAACAACACUCCCACCAGUUUCCCCAUCUUGUUGAAACACUUGGCUGCUACUCCUCUGCAACAAAAACAAGCUCGGAUUACUCAUCUUCCCCAUGAUUGACAUUAUUGCUCUUUGUUCUGGAGUGAUUGUUUUAACUCAUUAACUUAUGGGUCUUUUGUAUCCCAUGUGUAUAUUAUCUUUUGAUGCAAGAUGAAACUUAUGCCUAUAAUUGAUUGGAAAGUAGACCAUGGCUUGCCCCUCUACUUUUACAUAUAUAUAAAUAUAGAUGUUUUUGCACUAACUAUGCUGUCCCUUUUGUGUAAUUGGCUGCAUAUGCCUGUCAAACUUAUUGUAAUAUGUAAUAUACUUAUGGUUAGUAAAAUUCAAACUGCUCUUUUGUCUUGUAAAA